AUGGAGUACCUUCUACAUCGGAUAUGCCCAGCAUCUUUUCCGGGACUUGUGGCUUUCACUACCAACCGUGCCAAGUACGCUUCCGGGGUCGAUCAUACAGCACCUAAUGAAACAAUAGAUGGGAAAAGAAUGGCCCAUGGUCUAGCUUCAUCCAAUGCGACUAAGAAAUGCAGCAAAGACAGUCCAAGCCAGUCUGUCUCCGUAAUAUUCAACAGAUCGAGUAUAUGUGAGUUGGGAAUGUAUCUGCUCAGAAGUUAUACGGAUGUAUCUCAACUCGAUCGUUGCCGGCUUCUCCCUUACUAUCUCUCUACACAGCUGCAGGCGCUUGUCAGAAACCAGUACGCCCCAUCAUCUACCUAUCUAAAUGAAACACCAAACACAUUUGCUGUUUCUCUUGCUCUUGACAUCAUUAGACAGGCGCCCUUGGCCGAGAACGAGACUGAGGGGUAUUGUGACCAUAGUAUGGUGAUGAGCAAUCGUUUAAUCUGGGUGGUGUAG